CGUUCUAUAUUUUAGCUGUGGCAGUGUUUUUUUUCGGUGGAUUUUUUUUUUUUUGCAAAUUAAAUUUUUUUUUCUCUCAUAAAUAAUGUCGACUAAUAAUCAUGAUAAAGGCGUAUUUUCUACCAUAGAUGCCGAUGAUGAUGAUGAUGACGAUUUGAAUGAUUAUGGACAAUUUUCAUUUGAAAAUAUUGACAAGUCAAAACAAAUUAAAAGACAAAAGACAUCAUCAAAUUAUAAACAUGGUAAACAGAAGAAAAUAACAGAUUUUUUCAACAUUUUCAAUCAAGAUAAAAAUGUUGAUUCAAACGUGGAAUCGUCUUCUGUUAUUCAAAAUGAUCAAGCUAAAUCGAAAUAUGGCGAUCAUGAUGAUGAUACAACCUUAAAAUUAUUCGUGACCACUUCUUCAUCUUACGACAUUUGUGAAGGCAAAACACAACACGUUAAUAUUCGAAACAAAAAAAUGGAACUUCGAUCUGGCAAGAUUACAUCUUAUUCAAGAAAAAAGAACGAGACAAAAUCCAAAGCUCCAUCAUCAAAACAAACUGUUACGAAUCCCAAAAAAGAUUCAAUACCGAAAAAACCGCCUGUCAAACAAAAAUCAAAUCCAAAAAAAACCAAAACAAAUACUGUUCAUAGUGAUGAUCUCGAUCAUGGUAUAGUUCAAAAAGAUUGUGGUCGAUCAACUGCAGCCAUUCGAAAGAUGAGUAAAUUUGAAAAAAUUCAGAAAAAUUAUGCAAAAAUUGAUCUUUUUGAAAAAAAAUUGGCAAAAGCUUUGGAUGUCAAUCUUGGACCAUCGAUCGAAAUUGAAAAUUCUAGUCUUCAAAACGUGGAACAAAUGAACGAACCGGACAAAUGUCAAACAAUUUGUUUCAAUGAAAAGAUUGAUUAUAGUAGAUAUUUAUUUCAAAAAAAUCAAUCCGAACGAAUCGGUCAAUGUUUGCUCGAUAUUCUACAAUCACCGUCAAAAAACAGCAUUAAUUUGAAAGAACUUUAUCAAAAUUGUUGCGACCCAUUUGGUAUUGUUCACUUUAUAUCCGAUGAAUUUGACCAAAAUGAAACGAAUAUGGAAGACCUAUACAAAUGUUUAUGUAAAUUCAAUAAAUUGAUUGAAAUAUUCAGCGAACAAGCUCGUAUUGAUCAAAUUUUUAUCACCACUAGCAACAAUAAUGAUAUGUUCAUCAAUGAUGCAGGAAUUCUGGCAGAAUAUAUAAAUUUAUUCCUAAACGAAAUGAUCAAAGUCAAUCAUUUGAAGAAAAAUUUAUCGAACAAUUUUUUGGCCAUUCCAUUCAUCUAUAUAUUAUUUGUGCAGAAAAUUGCCAUACAUAAUUUGAAAAAUUCAACACCAAUCGAUCUGUUAACCAUUGAACUGAUCGAUUCGAUUCCAUAUCAUUUUGGUAUUCUAUUACAAAAUUCAAUUGGUGAAUCAAAAUCACAACAGCUACAAAGCCAAUUGUUAGCCAUAUUGAUUAUGGGAAUGAAAGAAGUUUUCGAUGUAUUGGAUCAUGAUCUUGAAAAAUUUGCACAGCUUUUAGAAACAAUUCUAAUAUGUCAAUUGAAAUGUAUGGAUUUAUUGAAUGAAUUUUGGUGGCCACAACAGAAUCAAUAUAAUCUUGAACAACAUGAAAUGGAGAAAUAUGAAGAUAAUAAAAUGAACGAAUUAUUACUAUGUCAAUUGUAUAGUUUGCUUUCAAUGAAAACUAUAUUUCGAAUACAUUUGAAAUAUCCUGAAUUAAUCACAGCAAGAACAACAACAUUGAUUAAACAAACAAAAAUUAUCAAUUAUGAUUUUUUGUUUAAAAUUGGCCAUCAUUUUCGCAAGUUAUUUUCACAAAUUUUUCAUCAAAUUUCAUCAUCAUCAAAUUCAGCUAAUUUAUUUGGAAAUUUUUUCCAUUACAUAUUUCGUUGGCAUAAUGCUGACAAUAUCGAUAAAUGUAUUGAAAAACAUUUCGAUAAUGAAUCAUCAUUGAAAUCAAUACAGAUUAUAUGCAUUAUAGACACACUAUCCGAACUAAUGAUGAUGAUGCCAUAUGAUGAAUGUAAAAGAAAUGGCCAUCAUUUUCAUUUAUUCUGGUUAUUAUUUAUAUUGAUCAAAUUGAAAAAUGGAUUAUUAAUGAAACCUGAAGAAGCGAUUGAUUUUAAUCGUAUUCGUAAUGAUUUUAGCCAAGCAAUUAAACCAAUGGAAAAUAUUCAAUGGCGUGAAUUGCCACAAGGUUCACAAUCGUAUUUGGCUGAUUUUAUACUUGCUUAUAGUAAAAAUUUUGGUAUCGAUUCGUUUGUGAUCGAUCUCUGUAAAUACAUGAUAAAUAUACCGAAAAUCGAAAUGGGGUUUAAAAUGAUCGUUCAGCCUUUGAUUUCCUAUCAAUUCGCCAAAUAAUGUUGGAUGAUAACGAUGAUCCCUUGUACGAAUUGUUUUUACAUUUUGGAUCUCGCACAAUAACAGCUA